CAGCAGGGCCGGGCGGACGCGUCCUCGAACUUUACCCUCGGUCCACGGGAGACUCCCCCUCUCCGCUCCCGCAGCCGCGACAUCAUGAGCCACGGGAAAAGAACCGACAUGCUCCCGGAGAUCGCCGCCGCCGUGGGCUUCCUCUCCAGCCUCCUGCGCACCCGCGGCUGCGUGAGCGAGCAGAGGCUCGCGGUGUUCAGCGGGGCGCUCCAGGAGGCACUAACCGAGCACUACAAACACCACUGGUUUCCAGAAAAGCCGGCCAAGGGCUCAGGCUACCGCUGUAUCCGCAUCAACCACAAGAUGGACCCCAUCAUCAGCAAGGUGGCCAGCCAGAUCGGACUCAGCCAGCCCCAGCUGCACCAGCUGCUGCCCAGCGAGCUGACCCUGUGGGUGGACCCCUAUGAGGUGUCUUAUCGCAUCGGGGAGGAUGGCUCCAUCUGUGUCCUCUACGAAGAGGCCCCGGUGGCCGCCUCCUACGGGCUUCUCACCUGCAAGAACCAAAUGAUGCUGGGCAGGAGAAGCCCCUCGAAGAACUACGUGAUGGCGGUCUCCAGCUAGAUGGCCGCCCCCAACCCACCCUGGCACUCUACUGUACUCAUGCUGCCGUGACAACAGGCCACCAUACCUCAACCUGGGGAACUGUAUUUUUAAAUGAAGAGCUAUUUAUAUAGAUAUAUAUUAUUUUUUUUAAGAAAAGAGGGGAAAAAAAACCAAAAGUUUUUUUUUUUUUUAAGAGAAGAAAAAUCCUUAAUGGGAGCUGCAUGGAAGUGGCCUCCCCCAGGUGCCUUUGGAGAGAAUAUUAUGUGCUUGGGUCUGUGAGCCAGUAACUGCCUAGAGAGUAGUUGGGAGUUGGCCUAGCAGAGUUGAGGGGUGAAGCUUAGCUAGCACCCUAGGAGGUUGGGAGAGGAAGCAAGCAAGGUUAGCAACUGUGAUUGAGAGGUCAGGCUCAGCCUUGGGAUGGGGGGGGACAGAUAGGUGG